CCAACGUCAUAGCGCGAUAGUCCACUAGUAGUUAGUUAGUUACUUAAUCCUCUCCCCCUGGUUGAUUAGGGAUACGAGCAUCACCUGGUGCUGAAGAUUAAUAACUAAUCAUGGAAAUGAUGACAGAAAAGAAGGACCGUCCGAAAAGGCCAGGCACAAGGAUCCACCAUCCAUCCGCGUCUCAAAGAGAAGACUCAACCAAGGGCCCUUUGUUUUUCAUCUUCUGUCUUGUUUUGGCCCCUAUUGAAAUAAUGCUGGUCUGGUCAAAGAAUUGUGUACUACAAACUACUACUUACUUUUGUCAAAUGAUGCUGGAUGUUUUGCUCAGCUCGACAAGUCACCAGCCAACCUUCCCAGAUUCGGAGCGGGGAUCCUCGUUUUCUAGAUUCCUUCGGGUCUUUGGUCCCUUCCGGCCGAUCCGGGGUCAGCAUUAAUUGCUUCCCUUGGAGUUAACUUGACUAACUCGACCAUCAUCCAUGGCUGGCGAUCAACUGGAGCAUUUCAGCUUCAUCACUCGUGAAGACAAUAGAUCGAUCGAUCAAUUGAUACGGAGAAGGAUAUCAGGAUUGAACAAGAACAACAACAUCAUCAAUUUCCUCC